CCUUUGGGGAAAUCGCAGCCAUCCCUUCCCAAAAUCGCUGCCGGAGCUGGGCACAAAGAGUUAAAGCUCCUGCGGGCUCUGUGGCCAAUCCCACCGAGCGAAGGGCAGCCCUUGGCCCCAGCCCAGCAGCAGGUUGUUCUCCUCAGGUAUUAUUUUGGACUUUUUCCCGGGAUACCAAGCAGGGAAACGAUGAAUUUGGUGCUCGGCGGAGGAUGGGGAGCUGCAGAUGCACCCCUGGGCUGCCCAGUGCCCCUGAGCUGUGCCUCCACCUCACCCCGACGCUGCCAUGGCCACGCUAGACACGCUGCCCGUCCUCAGUGACCCAACCUACCCCAGCCCGGAGAACUUCCACGCCUUCGCCCCCCGCUACUCCCAGACCAUCCCCAAGAGCGCCAUGGGCAGCGUGGGCAGCGGCGUGGCCAACGACCAGGAGUUCGCCAUGAAGAGCGUGGGCACGCGGACGCAGAGCAGCGGCCGGCAGGCGGAGGGGCCCCGCAACGGCUACUCCACACGGGACAUCUCCAACCGCUACUCCGGCGAGGAGAAGACCUACAAGUCGGAGAAAGUCUCCAACUCCCUCUACAUCAACGGCGACCUGCGCAAGGGCGACAAGGUGAAGAUGGACAUCUGCGGGAACGUGACCGCCAACAACGAGAAGAACCUGCCGCCGCCUCCCCAGUACCGAGAGCCCGGUAACCCACCAAAGAUUUUGCCAAUCUCCGGCAAACUAGACCAGAGCAAUGAGCCCUUAGUUAGACCCUCAGCCUUUAAACCAGUAGUUCCUAAAAACUUCCAUUCCAUGCAGAACCUCUGCCCGCCGCAGAGCAACGGGAUGGCAGAGAACAGAAAGAGCUUGAACCAUGCCAACAGCAAUAGCCCGUCCGCGCCCAAGGGUGGACUCGACAAGAGCAGCCUUAACAGGACUACAAACCAGGGCGGGGGGCUCUCGGAUUCGGGCCGUAACUCGCUCACGAGCCUGCCCACCUACGGGACGGGCUACAGCCAGCACGUGGGCCCCAUGAGCGCCUCCACCAGCCACAUCAACCGCAUCGGGACCACCUACGUGGAGAAGAACAUCGUGGGAUACAACGGGAUAUCUACCUCAGACAGCGGGCGGUCCUCCAGCAAGAGCACCUCGUCCUUCAGCAGGCUGAACCAUCUCAACGAAACGAUGCCUUUCCACUCGCCCUCCACCGACGACAUCAUCCAGGACCUGGAGGACCGGCUGUGGGAGAAGGAGCAGGAGGUGCUGCAGAUGAGGAGGAACUUGGAUAAGAGUGAGGCAGCCAUCUUCCAGGUGUUUGAGGAGAAGCAGAAGAUCUGGGAGAGGGAAAUGGAGGACCUGAGGCAGAACUAUGCCAACAAAUUGCAGCAGGUCUCCAAAAAGGCGCAGAGGGCUCAGCAGGCUCUGCAGCUCCAAAUCUUCAAGCUCCAGCAGGAGAAAAAAAAACUCCAGGAUGACAUGGGGCAACUCCUCCAGCAACGAGAGGAGCUGGAGAAGAAAUUUGUGGCUUUCAAGAAGGAGCAGGCUGAGUUUCUCCCGAAGAUUGAAGAGACCAAGUGGGAGGUGUGCCAGAAGGCAGGUGAGAUCUCCCUGCUCAAGCAGCAGCUCAAGGACUCCCAAGCCGACGUCUCCCAGAAGCUCAACGAGAUCGUGGGGCUGCGGUCGCAGCUCAAGGAAGGUAAGAACUUCCUACGGGAGAAAGAGGAGCAGAUCCUCACCCUGAAGGACUCCUACAGCUCCAAGAGCGUCAACCUGGAGAUCUGCGAGGGCGAGCUGCAGAGGAAGAUGAGCGAGGUCCAGGUGCUGAGGGAAAAACUGAACCACUGUGAGCUGGAGGUGUCCGGCCUGAAGCGGACACUUGCCAGCAUGGGACCCGCGGGGUCUUUUGGGGGGGAGCUCGGGGAGAAGCUGCGGGACCCGCUGGCGUGCGAGAGCGACGAGGCCAAGAUGCAGCGGCAGAGCGAGGACAGCGUGAACACGCUGCGCAGGGAGGUGGAGCGGCUGCAGACCGAGCUCAAGCUGGAGCGGCAGCAGCGGGAGCAGCAGGUGAUGGACUUCGAGGAGGAGCGGCGCACGUGGCAGGAGGAGAAGGAGAAAGUCAUCAAGUACCAGAAGCAGCUGCAGCUGAACUACGUGGAGAUGUACCAGAAGAACCAGCUGCUGGAGCACAAAGUCAACGAGAUGAACACAAAGGCCACCAGCCCCCCGCACACCGAGGAGAAGAAGACAUGGACUCCCUCCAGACUCGAGAGAAUAGAGUCCACCGAGAUCUGAGGAGAGACCAGGCGACACCACGGGAUUUUUUAUUGCUGUGCAUGUACUACCUACUCAAGCCAGUGAUCUUCCGAAGGAUAAUGCGCUCCCGGCGGAGCGGUGAGCGUGCUCCCGCCAGGCUCCACCACCCUUGCUCUCCACUUCUGUGCUCUGUAGGUAAAACAACUGUGGAUGUGCGUUGGUUUUCUAUCCCUAAUGCGACAUCUCAGCUGGUGAGGGUCAAUUGGCUCUUUUGUAAUCUGCCCUGACUGUUACUUCGCUAGAGGCUGCCACCCCCUCUCCUACAAUUCACCCUUCCUCGGUUGGUUGUUUUGGAGGGUUGUGUUCAGUUUCUUUGGUUUUCCAAGCAUUUACGUGCAGCAAAACAGUUCAAAGAGGCAGGUUUGUUGUUGUUUUUUGUUGGGUUUUGUUUUUUUUUCUUCCAGGAUGUUUUUAGCCACAUUGGCUAAUGGAGCAAAGCUCUCGGGAUCAUGAGCAAACUCAAGGGUUCUGCAUCAAGUAUCCUGUCUAGACGGUGGUCUUAGUGAAGUCAGUGCGAGCUUGGCCACUGAUUUCAGUGAAACCAGACAUAUCUCUACCAGACGACUCCCUCUUGCCUUGCAGGAGGUUAGGACAUCCUUGAGGAGCAGGAUGAGCCUGUCCUGGUCACAGAAGCCAACAAGGAAUGAUGUCCCAGCAGGAGCCUCUCUGGAGGCUCGGCAGAGCUUAACAUAUGCUGCGUUUUCACUUCCUUGUGGUUUCCUCCUGCAGUUCCACUCCUCUCCCGGGUUGUGACCAACCCUGGGAGCAGAAAUACCUUCCCACCUCUGCCUUGGUCCCUUUACUCUUACUCUAUACCUAAGCUGGCUACAGCAAGAAAAAAGCUUGGAAAUCUGAGCUGGUUUCCCUUCCCAACAGCCCUCUGACUUCCCAAAGUCAAUGGAAUCGAGGUUUGGGGAAGGCUCCAAACCCGUGGGAUGUUUAUGCAAACUGAAGCUUUAGCAAUCUGCCCCAAAAGUGGGCAGCUGUGCCACCCUGUCCCCAAACUAGUGACACCUUGGUGCCACUCUCUUGGUCCAGGGUCUGCUUAAAAACAGCACUUGAGCCUCACUCAGGAGUCGCAGGGGGGGCACAGCAGCAUCACAGCUGGAUUGCAAUGAUCAGCCUUCAGUCCUGCCAUUCCAAACAGCGCCCCACACUCCAGGGAUGGAGAGAACAACUCCAGGCCUAGCUCAAGAAAAUACCCAGCUACUAACUCUGAGCAUGAAAGAAGUCAAAAGAGGGGAAAAUGCUUAAGAUCACGCAAGUGCUUAUGCCCUGGCAGAAUAAUAAACCAAAUCCUACGUGCACAGUCACCGAGGCAGCAAAACCUGGCAUUCCGCUUGAAAACAUGGGCAAAGUGAGCUCAGCUCUUCCUGUCAUGGACAAUUUUUAACCAUGAGUCACAAUAAAGAGAAGAAAAACGUUGUGAAGCAGAGUUUGCACUGGCCAAAGGAUCAAUAGGAGUGGGAAUUUUGGCUCUUUGCCCUAGGGAGCAGCUAGAAGAGAAAAGUUAGAAUUGGCACUGGGAUGGCUUGAAAUGUCUGGGUGACUCCAGGGCGAGUUUGGCCAGAUUACAUUUCAUGUGCAUACCAAGGAAGAACCUCGAGGCAUUGAGGGGCUGAAGACCUUCCAAACAAAAGCCCUGAAGCUGCACAUUUUCCAUGUUCUGUCUCCCCAGAGCUCUCCAGGUCUGACCUUCAGUUUGAGAACAAACAUUGUGGUGGUGAGCUCCAGACUGAGCAGGGUGGAGACUAAAGUUAGUCCCACUAGCCCAAGUCAUUGGACAGUGCUACUGGCCAGGGAUCCCUGGAGCCACUAAAAAUGGAAAAGUGCAACAAGACCAGGGCAUUUCAGGAUCCCAGCUGACAAUUCCUGUCUUUUCCCACCAUUGCUGCCCAUGUCUUUGGAGCUGGAGGAAGACAACUCAUGGAAAGCACUGGGGCAGCUCAGGCCAGGCCCCUUUCCCUGGACCAGCCAUAAAAGGGGGAUUAGGUCAGGUCUGACUCCUGAUGGGUGUGAGGAAGAGUCCUACUGCAAACCCUGAAGAUGCUCCAGCACUUUGGGAUGUCAGGCCAUGCACCCCAGCAAGGAAGGAGUGCAGCUGCCUGCCAGAGCCACACAGCUGCCUGCCGGACUUUGCCAUGCCCAGGGAGACAUCCACAUGCACCUGGCCAGGCAGAUCCUAGAGCUUCCUCCGUGUCAUACUCCAGGCCUUCCAGACAGGCUCAAACAUCCCACAGUGUCAGGGUUGGAGAUCUGGUGUCUUUCUUUUCACAUAUGACAAGCCCACGUUGUGCUCCCUCCCAGAGCAGGUGUCUGUUUUGUGAAGAUUGUUCACCUUGGAGGAGGAAAGGGCCACUCCCUCCACCUUCUUCACUGCACCACAUCAAUGCAGAGCUUCAAUCCAGCUCUGAGAGACCUCGACUGUGGACAUUCCCUGGAUGCCAGAGCCCUGCAGACACCCAUUAAGGCACUGCUGCUGCUGCUGGUUUUCCCUCUCUCGGGAUUCUCCCAGGAUCCCCCAAGCUGUCCUGUAGAAACCACCCCACCCAUGCUACAGUGACAGAAAAUACAGAUGGUUUGGGGAGCCAAACUGCCACAGAGGAUUCCUGAGCUUCAGGAUUCCUCCUCACAACUGGAUGUGCUGCUCCCCAUCAAGUCCUGUCCCCUGUGCCAGCCCUUUGCUCAGCAGAGAUGGAGCAAAAUGAUGGUGAGACACCUGGAUUCCUGCUGUUUGAGCCCAGGUAGGAGCUCACCUGGCUCCUUCAGAUCUUUACACUUUCACAAGUUGGUGAAAUCUCUCAUCAAAAGCUUCGUUGAGGCUCUGGGGUGUUAGCCCUGGAUUAGGACAGCCAAGGAGAGCCAGGCUGGCGUUUGGGUGACACAUCCUGGGAAUGGCCAAGGAGGCUGGCAGUGUGUCUCUUGGAGGCUCAGGCAGGGCUGAUGAAUUGUUUCUGUCCCAUGGAACUCCACCCAGAGUUUGGGCUUGACCAUCCCCCAGCUGUCUCCUCCACCUUGGAGCUAGUGGAAUCCAGCAUCAUGUCCUGGCUCUUGUGUCAUUCUCCAAGUCCUGCCCAAAAAAUCCUCUCUAACUUGCCACUGGCCACCACCACAAGCUGUGGCCAUGAGGGUCUCAGCUCAGUUGCCCACAAGCAUUAGAGAUGCUCUGGGAUACCCAACACAUUCAGCUGGACAAUAUGAUCCAAGAUUUUUGGCAGAGCCAGGCCAGUGGUGGCAGUCCUGGAGCAGCUCUGACAUCACAGGUGCCCCAUGUACAGAGCCCAGUCAUACUCCAGGCACAUCCACACAGCAAACAGAGGGCACUGAUCAGCUCCAGUGGCUUCCACCCAUGAGGAUGUGGGAUCCUGGUGCCAGGGAAGGUUUUACUCUGCUGUGAGCAGGGCUCCACCACCAUUUCAAGGCUGCCACCACUGUCCCAGCAAGCCAGCUGGGCUGAUUCCAGCACUCCCCUCCCACCCCCAGGGUGAACACCACAGCCAGGGCACGUUGUUGUGCCUCUCACAGCCCCACUCAGCUCCUGCCACUGCCUGCUGGCGGCUGGUGGCCCCAGCCCUGCUGUCACUGGUGGUGGUCACUCAUUCCACGCUGCAGAGAGGAAUGGAAUUGAUGCUCUAACACUGUUGUACAGAGAGAAGUGUACCUGGAUGUAAAUAAGAGCCCAGCUCUGUAUAUUGAUGAUUAAAUGGAGACAAGAAGGCUCUGUGGCUUCUCUGUUGGCGAGCGGGGCCGAGCGCUGAGCGCUGCACAGGGGGUGCUCAGCACCCCAGCCUGUGCCUGGCUGCAGUGGGAAUCUGGGCUUCAGCACCUCCCAGGAAAGCAAUCCACUGGGAUUAGCUCAGCCUGGUGUCCCCCUGUCCUGCUUUGAUGCCUGCUGUCACCCUGAGCCAGGUUUGCAGUUGCCCUCUGGUUAAGGGUGAGGUCCCCUCUGCCUGUCUGGUGUCACACCCAGGCUCCAUGCAGACAGUGGCUCCCAGAGGUGUCCCCCUGAGCUCUGCCCAUGGAAAGGACCAUCCUCCCCUCCUGCCCCUUGCAGUGGCACUUUAUAGCUCGCUCAAGGCAGCGAGCUCACGAGCACAUGACCAAAGAUCUCCGGAGAGCGUUGGGCUGCACGCUUGGAGCUGCAUCCCGGCUUUCCUGCAGAGAGAUGAGGCUGGUGUGGGCUGGAAAAGGGGAAUGACAGCUGGCAGGGGACAUGAUUUCCCUGUGUCCCACCUGGGAAUGUUUGCAGGCCCAUAAGGGCCUUUCCUGUGUGACACAGGACAGGAUAGAAAGGAGCUCCUGGGUGAGGUGAUCGUCCCCAGUUGGUGACACCAGUAUCCUCUACAGCCAUACCAAUUAACUCCACACAUUUCCCGUGGACAAUAUGGACCAGGGGCUGUCCCUGGGAGUUGGGAUGGACACCAUUCCCUUUCUUCUUGAGGAGAAGAGAGGAUGCACAUCAAGCCAUGCAUCCUCUUGUCUUCACACCUCUCAUGUUCAGAGCAAUAGGUCUCCUCUAGGUUAGCAGUCAAUUGUUUUGGCUCAGUGGGAAUUGCCCAGGAAAACGAGCAUCCUGAGAGCUGGUGGCCCUGCUGGCUGUCCCCUUGGUGUCCUCCCCACAGCUCACCCCAGGGCAUCCUCAGCACCCUCCUUACCAAGGAACCAAAUUCCAAGUGAAGGCAGCGUGUUCUUCACUUCUCCUGCUUGGGCUGCUGAAGGCAUCUCCACCCACCUUUGCUCCAUGAAGGCUCCUGGACCUGGCAGGAGGCCAGUGGGAGAUCUGUGCUCCUGCAGGUGGCUGUUCAGGUGGCUCUGGGCCUUGGGCAGAUGCCUCUCACUGUGCCUCUGCUCCCCAGCCAUUCUCAGCCUUCUCCACUCCAUCCCUGGGAUGGGACAGAGCCCAGCUCGCCAUUAAUUUAACCCAUUAAUUUAGCCUUGAAACCCCUUGAUAAGUUACUGUUCACCAAGACCCCUUGCUAAAGAUCUGUUCAUGUGUUGCCUGUGCUCUGUUGUUCCUCUGCUCCAGCUCUCCAGGCUCUCCUGCCUCCUUUUAGACCAUCCCCAUCCCCCUGGAGCAGCCAGUGCCUCUCCCAGGUACAUCUGGACAAGCUGGAGCUACAGCCCCCACUGGGAAUGGGUUAUCCCAACCCUGCUCUCAGGAGCUUUCCAGAACACUGCUCCUCUCCUCUCUGACAUUCCCAUGGCAGCCCCAUCAGCCCUGCUUUACCUCCAAGAACAACCUGGCUCCCUGCUGAAGGACAUUCCCAUGUCCUGCAAUCCUGUGGGAUCAUUGCACAGGGAUUCACACCAUCACCAUCCAGCUCUGGGGCUCCCUGCUCCUUCCACCCUCUGGAAUAAACAGGGGGCUGAGGGGUGUGUGGGGUCCUUAGGGGCACACAGUGCAGUAUAUGAAGGGGUUGGGAUCACAUCCAGCUGUUUGCAGAUGUUGGCUUCCCAACAGGAUGUUCACGCUGGCGCUGUCAGCACCAAGCUCCUGUAUUUUCAGGAUAAUCCUCCUCCCUGGUUCUCCCAAAGAUGGGGAUUGUGUCAGGUCUGGAGCCUGGGGCCAGGCUGUGUCUCCACAGCUCUUUCACUCACAAAUCUGUUUUCUCCAGCAGGAAGUCUCUGCUUUCUGUCCCAAAGCAAUAGGUUUUUCCAGGGAGAUUUAAACUCUGACACCUGCAGGCAAGCCAACAUUCCCAUGAAUACCUUCAGAGCUCCAGCCCUGGCCUCAACUCCUUUGGAAAGGGAUGCAAGGUCCAGUCUGCCUCUAAACAAUCAUUUACCAGGAGAGCUCAAAGCUUCCCACCUCCAGCAGGCCACCGGGAGGUGUGACAGCUGUCACCGAGUCCCUGCAGUGGAUCUUCUCCACGUGGGAACCACUGGGGUGACAACCAGGGGACACUGUGGCCAGGCUGGGAGGAGAAGCCCCCACCUGAGAGGAGCAGGGGCAGAGCUCCAGCACCACCCAAUGCUGCACACCCGGCUGAUGUGUCUAUGCAGUCCCUUCCCAGGCAGCCGUGUCCCCGCAGAGCCCAGCCCGCCGCCGGGGCUCCUCCAAGGUGUUUUUUGCACUCUCCAGGACCUGGAAAUCGCUGUGAGCCCGGAGGAGCCGCGCUGGGGAGGGUUUUCCUGGCCCCAAAAAGAUGCACGUGGCUGAGUCCUCUGCUGUCCAGAGCAGAGCUGUGCCCCCAGAGGGCGGGGGGCGAGGCUGCUGCCCCUCUUCACCAGCAAUAACAGGAGCUCUGCUGGCACCCAUCCCAUCCUCACCUCCCCCAGUGUAAAUUCAACCCCAGCCUUGUGCUUUCUUCCCUCUCGUUUCCUGAUGCCUCGGUGUCUCUCUUUCUCUUUCUCUCUCUCUCUCUGACUGUGAAUUCAAACCAGAAGUGUUCUGAACUCGACUCCGUUACUGUUCUGUUUCUGCGUUGACUGUUGCUGCGUUUAAAUAAAACUUUGCAAAAAAAAAAUCUAAAAAAAAAAAAUUAAAAAUAAAAAUUAAAAAUUAUAUAUAUAUAAAUAUAUAUAUACUUUAAAAAAAAUAACAAAAAUAUUUAAAAAAAUAACUCCAUAAAGUCGGGUGUCUCUCCUGUCCACUUAGUCACUUCCAAACACUGUUGUCUUGACUUUGGUUCAGUGUGUUUAAAAACAAAAAGUUGGGAAAAAAAAGAAAAGGAAAAAAGAGGUAACACGCAGCAUUCUGGGAUUUUUUUGUACAGCAAAGGUGUAUCUGUUUCAGAAGUUCUUGUUAAAACUCCACCACACUUUCCAAUUCCCUGCUGGUCUGUUGUCUGUUCCCAUUGGGUUAUCCAGAUGUGAAGAGCUACUGCCUUUGCCAUUUUCUACAGUGAAUAUAUAAAUAUAUCUGUACAGAGGUAUGUAUAUAUAUAAAUAGCCAUGCAGAUCUAUAUGUAUACGUAUCUCCAACUCUUCUCUCUCGACCUGACUGUGAAGGAUUUUUAUUGGGCAAAAUAAAAUGGAGAAAGGCCCCGUUUUAAAAACA